AUGUUUCUUGAGGAACACGUGAACCUGUCCUUCGUCUUGAAGUAUGGCUUUGCCCUCCCCCAGGUGAUGGAUCCAGUAAAGGCACGCAUAUUGAAUCUCUGGUGGCAAGGAGCCAUCCGCCUUUUCCUGGGGAGACUUCAAGUCGCGCGGGACAUUGAGGACCGAAUGAAGAGAGCUGACGAUGCCACCAACAGCAGAUGGACUAACUCCAACCAAGUUAGCAAGAGAUAUGACGGAGAGCGGCUCUGCCAACAGGAUGAGGGACCCAAUGAUAUUCCUGAACCGGGAUACGAUGUCAUCUCUCUGUCGGCCGGUCAUGCGAGAACCAAGUUUCCCGGUUACGAAUCGCUGAAGAACUGUGGCAUAUGUGGCAGUAAGCUUCUCAUCCGAAGUCUCUGCUGGAAGCAUCAAAUUUUGGUCAGCUCGUCUGCCGGAUUCAAGGGCGCCAUAUCUUCCAACAACCGGCAGACGGUGGCGGCAAAAUGA